GCGCGGGUCUGCAGUUACUACUCCCACACCUCUUCCGCCUCUCUCUCUCUCCAAAACUUUCUCUCACUAGUCUAGACUUCCUAUCUAGUGUUUCAAUGGCAGAUGAUCCAACAAUACCAAUCUAAAGUGGAAAGCAAUCGCAGAACAAUUCUAAGAUCAUUUCCAGGAGGUUGUCAAAUCGGCCUGCAAUGGGAAAGAAAGGAAGCGGCUGGUUUUCUACGGUGAAGAGAGUUUUCAAACCGCCGGCCAAAGACUCGCCGGAGAAGAAGAAGGACAGCGUGGAUAAAUGGCAAAAUCAGGCGCCAGAGGUUUUGUCAUUUGAACAUUUUCCGGCAGAAAGUUCUCCGGAUGUCACGAAUAUUGAGGAGAGUGAUGGUGGGUCAUCUCCGGUGACUGAAGAUCGGAAUCAUGCCAUUGCUGUUGCAGUUGCAACCGCCGCAGCUGCUGAAGCCGCGGUUGCAGCUGCACAAGCAGCGGCCAAAGUUGUCCGGCUGGCUGGAUAUGGACGCCAAAAUUCAAAGGAAGAAAGGGCUGCAACUCUCAUACAAGCACAUUACAGAGGAUACCUGGCUAGACGCGCCUUGCGUGCUUUGAAAGGACUAGUAAGGCUACAAGCACUAGUCAGGGGACACAACGUGCGAAAACAAGCCCAAAUGACGAUGCGGUGCAUGCAAGCGUUGGUUCGAGUCCAGGCACGAGUAAGGACACGUCGGCUCCAAUUAGUGCGCGAGAAGCUUCAGAAGAGGGCUGAGGACAGAGAAGAAGAGGAAGAAGAAAAGGUAGCAGCAGCAGCAGAGGAGGAAGAAGAAAAGCAGAAACCAAGGAAUUUAUGGGAUGGUGGAAGCCAACGCCUAGAGAAGAUUGUGGAAAGCAGUGUGAGGAAACAUGAUGGGGUGGUGAAGAGGGAGAGGGCUCUUGCUUAUGCUUUCAGCUACCAGCAGCAGCAACAACGACAACAAUUAUUGCGUGCGGAUGCAACCCUUAAUGAAGUCGGAUUCUACCCAGAUGAGCGUGAAAAGGCAAGGUGGGGAUGGAAUUGGCUCGAACAUUGGAUGGCUUCACAACCCUACCCUGUCCGUAACUUGGGACCAAUGGAGGCCUCCUAUACGACGCUAACCACCACCGAUGACACCUCCGAAAAGACCGUUGAAAUGGACUCCGAAAACAUCAACACGGGUCGCACCAGUGGGGACCCGAUUGAAUCAGUCUUGUACCCUACACGACGCUCGGGCUUCGACGGUGUCCCAAGCUAUAUGGCUCCGACCAAAUCCGCGAAAGCAAAGGCGCGGAAUCAGGCCUUGGGCCGGCAGCGUAGCCCAUCAGUUGUCCACUGGAACUCCUCUACAAAGAGAGGUACAAUUGUUGGGUCGGGUUGUGACUCGUCGAGCUCGGGCGGAGGAACGACGGUUUAUCAGGCCCCAAGAAGCCCAAGCCCAAAGGGUAAUGGCCCGAGUUUUCAGGCUAAAUGGAAUGCGGGCUAUAGUCCAGAUUCCAGCAACGAUGACAGGGCCCUGCCUUUGGGAGGUCAUGGCUGGAGACAUAAUUUUGGUUAGUUGUGUUGAGUGUCCUUUAAUAAAGUGUGUUACUUUCAAGGACCCUUAUUUUUAAUCCUUUCCCUUGUUAUGUGUGUCAUGAGAUCCCUGAUGUGUCAUAAAUUUGUAUAAUUUAUGGGUAAUUUGGUUGGUACAAUGUGAGGCAUUUGCCUUUGACUUUGUGAUAAUCUCUAUUUUCUAUGUAACGAAUUCGUUUGUUUUUGAACAGCCUAGGUAACGAAUACAUUGACAUUCUGCAA